AUGAUAAGAAAACUCUGCAUUCUAUAAAAUCAAUUAGAUACUGAUAGUAUUCCCCUCUAUCUUGAUUUAAACAGUAUAGACUACUAUGGAAAUACUGCAUUGAAGCUUGCUCACAAUUUAGGAAAUUUAGAUGCUAUUAGAGUGCUAUGUGAUCAUGGCCUUAAUUCAAAGUUAAAACCUUUGCCCUUCAUUGAUAGUCCUUAUGAGCUUGCUAUUAAACAAAAAAACAGAGAAAUCUUGAAAAUAUAUGUUCAAUCAAAUUAAAAGUUGAAAUAAGCCUACAUCGAUGACAACAAAAAAGAGCUAUUCGAUGUGCUUGAAACACUUCCUGAUUUCUAAAUAGAUAUGAGCUUUGAAUGUGAAUCCAAUUUUAUUCCGUUUUUAAGAUCAUUUGCUCCACAUGAUAUUUUCAAAAUUUAUAAAUAGAAAAGUUCUAUCAGACUUGAUUUCUCAAAUAAUUCUAUUAAAAAUCAAAUCACUAAUAACUCUUAGAGAGAUAAAAGUAAUAGCAAAAAUUUCAUUACAUAGUCAUCAUUUUUAUUUAAAGGAAGGAAUGAUUUCAAUGAAGGAGAAUUACUUUAUGCUGAACAUAGCAUUCAAGAAGAUGGUAAAAUAUAAUCUGGUUAUUCAAUUAAUGUAUUAACUGAUAUGUAUCUAAACCGCAUUGAUCAGGAAAUAGAUAAAUUACUAAAGAAAAAAGAAAAAGCUAAGCUCUAUGAGGCAGUAUCAUUCAAGCUAGAAACUUAAAGAGACUGGAAAGGACAAUUUUUAUGCAAACAGAUUGAGGGAUAUUAAGCUGUCAAAAUGAAGGCUAAUGCUAGCUUUAACAUUACCUAUUAAGACAUAGAUGAUUGUAUUGAAAUUUCAUUGCUUAAACAAUAGAAAGCAUAAAACUUUGAAGCUUAUUUUAAUCUUAGUAAAGUAGAUGCAGGAAAUCUCCUUGGAUAUAUAAAAUCUCAAUAGUAAAAAAAACCAAGGAAUACUAGUAAUAAAAAGAAGAAAACAGAUAAUAAAGAUGUUAAAGUUGAAAUGUGGGCAGUGAGGGAUUUCCCAAUUAACAUAGCAACUUUGAGACCACUGUUUCACAUAAUGGGUUUCGCAUCUAAAAACAUCUCUAAAUUCAAUGAUUUUCUUUUUAAUUAGGCUUAGAUUCCAAGCGAAUUCUUUCCAAUUUAGGCUUAAAUCCCACUUUUUAUGACAAUUAAGGCUAACAUUUAGUUUGGGAGAUUUUCAUUUCUAUCUAAAUAAAACUAACUCCCAAGUAGCUUUUUCAACAUAGAUGAAGAAAUCUUGAAAAUUUAAAAAUCCAGAGAAUUCCUACUAAAUAUCAACUAAAUAGUAAUUGAGGAUAUAAACUAUGAUAAACUUUUCAAAGAUUUAAAUAUAAAAGCAGAAAUCGUAAACGAGAGCAGCCAGAAUAUUGACUCUCGAAUGGUUUAUAACAAUUAUUCAAUAACUUCUGAGCAAGGGUAACAGUUAUUUGCCACUAUGAUGAAUAAACAGGGUGAUGUGACUCAAACUACCUUUACAGAAAUCAUCUCUCAAGAUUUCUCAGAAAAAAUACAUACCGAUUCUGUAAUCAGAAUGGACUAUAGACAAUAGCUAUCAAAUCAAGGAAUGAUUAAAAAUUUUAAGACAAUGAAAGACAUUAAUGAAAGCAAGCAUAAUAAUUAGUCAAGAUAAUAUGGAUCAAAUUAAAAACCAAGACAAAUCAAGAUGUCUAAUAUAACAACUUAACUUGUCAAUCAAAGCAUGAUUUAAUAGUAAUAAUCAUAGAAAUAUAACUCAGAAGAAAAGGAUACACUAAAGAAAAAGGUUGUAGCAUUAGUAAAUACCUAGCUAAUUAGACCUUCAAGAAUUAUAGAAGCCGAAAAUGUAAUGGACUCUAGGAAUUUUACUAAUUAACAAAUUUAGGCUAUAAAAUCUAUAAAGCUGCCCUAGUAGAAAAGUUUAGAAUCUCUAAACAGCUUUUUGAAGUCAAAUACAAAACCUGAUAAUAGUAAUCAUCUGAAUAAAGUAUAUAAAAACAUUAAGAAUAUUAUUAGAUUCAACUAGAAAUAAGCACCUGUUGAAUACAAUACUAAAGCAACAUUAGGUGGACUUACAGCUGCUACUGAAGGUAACAAUUUCAAUACAAACUAAAUUAAAAUCUAUGGAAGUAUCUAAGGUUUGAUAAAUAGUAAAAAUACAGUCGAUAAUAGAAGUGAAGACGUCUCUCUAACAAUGAUUCCAAGUUAAUCUACAAUAGAUAUGCGUGAUUAGCAUAAAGUCUAGUAACUUUAAGAAGAAAAAAACACUAAUGCUCGGAAGCCAGUCUUAGACAUGAGAAAGUAUUCAUCUCAAGAAAAUAAUCAUAUUGGAAAGAAACCAUUUUAAAUGGGUAAAGUAUCAUUUCAAAGAGACUUUAAAAGAUCUGAGUCCUCUUCUUUCAGGGAAAAUUCAAAGUUAAACAAUACCAGCUUUGUAAAAGCCACCAGUCUUUAAAGAAAUAAAAAAGUCAUUGAUGCUGAUGCUGGCUAAUUCUUGAUUAUGAAUACAUGGGGCAAUCAGUAGUUUCAAUAGUUUUAAACUAAUUCUCAGGGCACUAACAGUCUCAGACAAAGUCCCUUAAUACAACAUGGCUUUCAAAAGCAGAGUCAAUAGUACUCUCCUGUGGCUAUAAAUUCAAAGAAAAACUUAAAUAAUCUUAAUUUCUUUUGA